AUGCACACAAAGCAAGGUCCAUCAUCCUCUGCAUCCUUGUUUUUCACUCUGGAGGGCACAGGAGCACAUCGACAAGGGCAGACUUUCACCAUGAGAUCCAUCUUCAUGCUUCUAUUCUCCCUGUUGUUGGUACCCCAAGGAUCUUCAGCUGUCAUAACUGGGGCUUGUGAGAAGGACUCUCAGUGUGGAGGCGGGAUGUGUUGUGCUGUGAGCUUGUGGAUCCGCAGCCUGCGUAUGUGCACGCAAAUGGGACAGGAAUCAGAUGACUGUCACCCAAUGAGCCACAACGUUCCUUUCUUUGGAAAAAGAUUCCACCAUACUUGCCCCUGCCUACCCAACCUGUCUUGUAUCACUAUAGAAGAGGGGAGAUCCCAGUGCCUAUCUCCAUCGAAGUAUCCAUACUACUUCUGA